CACACCUUAGCGACACAUUCCAACCAACAUGGCAUCCUACUGCAUGACAGUUACUCGGCUCCGGCUUGCACUUGGACAUGGGGCCCGUCAGUUGCAUGUCACCGCGGCCCUCAGUGCAAAGUCGAGGGUGGCCAUGAGUCGAUAUGAGCCCGAUUCCAGCAUCAGCUAUGAGAAGCUGCUCAACAACAUCAGCAUUGUGAGCAAGAGGCUCAAUCGCCCGCUCACCUUGUCCGAGAAGAUUGUGUACGGCCACCUGGAUGACCCGCACAACCAGGAGAUCGACAGGGGCCGCACGUACCUGCGGCUGCGGCCCGACCGAGUAGCCAUGCAGGACGCCACAGCCCAGAUGGCCAUGCUGCAGUUCAUCAGCAGCGGCCUGGCCAGGGUGGCCGUGCCUUCCACCAUCCACUGCGACCACCUCAUCGAGGCCCAGAUCGGAGGAGCUGAGGACCUGCAGAGAGCAAAGGAAGUGAACCAAGAGGUGUAUAACUUCCUGGCCACAGCAGGACUCAAGUACGGGGUGGGCUUCUGGAAACCAGGCUCCGGGAUCAUUCACCAGAUUAUUCUGGAGAACUAUGCAUACCCAGGGGUCAUGCUGAUUGGCACAGACUCCCACACGCCCAACGGAGGGGGCCUGGGAGCCAUCUGCAUCGGAGUGGGAGGAGCUGACGCUGUGGACGUCAUGGCCGGAAUCCCCUGGGAGCUCAAAUGCCCCAAAGUGAUUGGUGUGAAGCUGACCGGUUCGCUGUCCGGCUGGACCUCUCCCAAGGACGUCAUUCUGAAGGUGGCCGGCAUCCUGACGGUGAAGGGGGGCACCGGGGCCAUCGUGGAGUACCAUGGGCCCGGUGUGGACUCCAUCUCAUGCACUGGCAUGGCCACCAUCUGCAACAUGGGGGCGGAGAUAGGAGCCACCACCUCAGUCUUCCCCUACAACCACCGCAUGAAGACCUACCUGGACAAGACGGGCCGUGCAGACAUUGCUGAGCUGGCUGACGAGUAUAAGGACUGUCUUGUCCCAGACCCUGACUGCCACUAUGACCAGCUGAUUGAGAUCAAUCUCAGUGAACUGCAGCCCCACAUCAAUGGGCCCUUCACCCCUGACCUGGCCCACCCCGUGUCUGACUUCGGGGCCGUGGCUGAGAAGAGCGGCUGGCCCCUGGAAGUCAAAGUAGGUUUGAUCGGCAGCUGUACUAACUCCAGUUAUGAGGACAUGGGUCGCGCUGCCUCGUUGGCCAAGCAGGCCCUGGACAGAGGCCUGAAGUGUAAGGCCCAGUUCACCGUGACGCCUGGCUCCGAGCAGAUCCGGGCCACCAUCGAGAGGGACGGCUACGCCAAGAUCCUGAGAGAUGUGGGUGGUGUAGUGCUGGCUAACGCCUGUGGACCCUGCAUUGGACAGUGGGACAGGAAGGAUGUGAAAAAAGGAGAGAAGAACACCAUAGUCACCUCCUACAACAGGAACUUCACUGGCAGGAAUGACGCCAAUCCAGCUACGCACGCUUUUGUCACCUCACCCGAGAUCGUCACAGCCCUGGCUAUCGCUGGCACACUGAACUUCAACCCUGAGAAGGACUUCCUCACAGCACCCAAUGGUGAGAAGUUUAAACUGGUGCCCCCGACCGGCGAUGAGCUGCCGUCUCGUGACUUCGACCCGGGCCAGGACACCUACCAGCAUCCCCCAGCUGACGGCAGUGGCGUGGCGGUGGACGUCAACCCGGCCAGCAACCGGCUGCAGCUCCUGGAGCCCUUUGACAAGUGGAGCGGGAAGGACCUGCAGGACUUGGCCAUCCUCAUCAAGGUGAAGGGCAAGUGUACCACUGACCACAUCAGUGCUGCCGGUCCCUGGCUGAAGUUCCGCGGCCACCUGGACAACAUCUCCAACAACCUGCUCAUCGGGGCCGUCAACUAUGAGAACGAAGCUGUCAACAAGGUUAAGAACGUCCUGACCUCAGAGUAUGGAGGGGUGCCUGAUGUGGCACGCCAUUACAAGGCCAACGGGUUGUCGUGGGUGGUGGUGGGAGAUGAGAACUAUGGAGAGGGCUCCAGCAGGGAGCAUGCUGCCCUUGAACCGCGCCACCUGGGCGGCAGAGCCAUCAUCGUCAAGAGCUUCGCCAGGAUCCACGAGACAAAUUUGAAGAAGCAGGGCCUGCUGCCUCUGACCUUUAAUGACCCCAACGACUACGACAAGAUCCGUCCUGACGAUAAGAUCUCCAUCAUUGGCCUCUCCACCUUCGCUCCUGGCAAGCCGCUGACCGGGGUGAUCAAGCACGGCGAUGGCAGCCAGGAUACCAUCCAGCUGAACCACUCCUUCAACGAGACCCAGAUCCAGUGGUUCCAGGCUGGCAGCGCUCUCAAUAGGAUGAAGGAGCUGCAGUAGACACCAGAGGGGAGCGGCCCCCCCAGGGGUGGUGGGUGCAGUGGUCGCCUGGUCACCAGAGGGGAGUAGUGGAAGGUGAAGAUUGUGCACAUCCCAGGAAAAGGUGCAGGACAAAGGCUGACUGUAGUUUCGAAGUGAGAGGUCUUCACACUUAAAAUCCUUUUUGUUUCCUUUUAUUAUUUCAUGGCCAUGGAAUAAUAAAAGAAAACAAAAAUGAUUUUAAGUGUGCGGACCGCUCACUUCGAAACCAGAGGGAAGUAGUCAUCAAGGGAGUUAUCCAUUCCGCUCUCAGGGAUGGACUGGGCAAGGCUAGUAAAGCUCAAAUGUAAAGGGGGUUGGGUGUAUUAACACAGACAGAAUAGGGGCCAACAAGUCUGAACACCCAAGAAGAAAGAAAGAGAAGAAGGAAAAAGAUUAAAAUAUGUUUUGUCUCCUUUCCUCAGA